CCUCCCCGCAAUUUCGCUGUUCCUCGACCAGCCAGAGCUGCCCUUGGCUUCCCAUACCUCGGGGCUCAUUGUUGCUCCCUCCCAGAUUGAGCUGCGAUAAUCCCGGUGGAUAAUGGAUGGGAUGGCAUUCAUCGUAAUGACGGGCUUGGGCGUGGAAGCCUUGUUCCGUGACCACCCCUCCCUCCCUUCCUCCCAUUUCCGCUGUCGCCGUUCAUCCUCACUGGGCUGACGUGCUCUCCUUCUCUCUUAUUUUCCCACGGAAUUCCCUACAUUCUCUCUCUUUAUUCAUCAUUACCCUUCCUCCUCCUCCCUCCCUCCCUCUUCUUCUUUCCUCCCUCCCCUUAAUCCUCUCUCUUGGACUCUCCCUUGAACCUGUCUAGUUUCCCUGGUAGCACAUACUUGACAAUUGAUACACCCUGUCCCACCAUGAAAGACUUUCGGGGAGAUGAUGACGCCCAGUUGGCGGCCAUGGGCCACAAGGCCGAACUGAACCGCAAUUUCUCAAUGCUGUCAAUGUUGGGUUUAGCGUUUGCCAUUCUAAAUUCAUGGACCGCUCUGUCCGCCAGUCUAUCUCUCAGUCUGCCGUCUGGUGGCUGCGUUAGUGUCAUCUGGGGGUUGAUCACGGCUGGUGUCUGUAAUCUUUGCAUGUCGGCUUCCCUUGCCGAGUUCUUAUCGGCCUAUCCUACUGCUGGUGGACAAUACCAUUGGGUUGCAGUUUCCUGGGAAAGAUGGAUGCCCCUUCUCUCGUGGAUUACAGGAUGGGCGAACGUGACUGGUUGGGUUGCCUUGACUGCAACUGGUGGUCUUCUCGGAAGUGAACUGAUCUUGGGUGUCAUCUCGUUGAUGCAUCCCUCAUAUGUGUCGCAACGCUGGCAUCAGUUCCUCAUCUACAUCGCCUAUAACGUUAUUGCAUUCCUCAUCAACGCCUUCAUGGGCUCACUCCUUCCCAAGGUUACUAAGGGUGCCUUUAUCUGGUCCCUUACCGGGUUCACUAUAAUCUGCAUCACCCUGCUAGCAUGCUCGUCGCCCAACUACAACUCUGGCGAGUUCGUCUUCGGCGAAUUCAUCAACGAAACAGGAUGGCCUGAUGGACUUGCUUGGCUGCUCGGACUCCUUCAAGGAGGACUGGGUCUCACAGGCUUUGACGGUGUCGCGCACAUGAUCGAAGAAAUUCCAAACCCCUCGGUGGUAGGGCCCAAGAUCAUGAUCGGUUGCGUCGGUAUUGGAACCUUUACUGGCACAAUCUUCUUGAUCGUUCUCCUCUUUGUGGCUGGAAACAUCUACGAAGAUAUCAACUCCGCGGCCACGCCUUUGCUGCAAAUUUUCGUGAAUGCGACGAAAAACAACGCCGGUGCUAUUUGCCUUCUCGUCUUCCCUCUCGUGUGUGUUCUCUUUGCCGCUAUCACGAUCAUGACGACCAGCAGUCGUAUGAUCUACGCCUUUGCAAGAGAUGGCGGUCUCCCCGCUUCUCCUUUCUUCAGCAAGGUGCACACCAAGCUUGAGGUUCCUCUGAAUGCAUUGUACCUUACCAACAUCCUCGUCAUCAUUUUCGGGUGUAUUUUCCUUGGCUCGUCAAGUGCAUUCAACGCUAUUGUAUCUGCAUCAGUGGUCAUGCUUGAUAUAGCGUACGGCAUCCCUAUCGCAGUGAACUGCAUUCGCGGCCGGAAGAUGCUACCGGAGAGGUCCUUUGUUCUGCCCAACGUUGUGGGCUGGAUUGCAAACUUGAUCUCGCUAGCCUACGUUUCUCUCACGACCGUGCUUUUCCUCUUCCCCCCUGACUAUCCUGCAACUGGAAGCAACAUGAACUACUGUGUAGCCGUGUUUGGCAUCGUUUUCCUGGUGUCGAUUUUCCAAUGGUUUGUGGACGGACGUAAGAACUUCACCGGGCCGCGGAUGGAUGUAGAUAUCAUCAGUGGCCAGGUAGCCCCCGGUGAAGGCGGAGAAGAAGUUGUGGUGCCUAGCAACUUUCAUGAGAAAUAAGGGAGCAUAUGGGCGAAACUGAUGAACAAAGGCCCGAGCACAGGUGCUCAGGCAUUUCUGGAACCUUUUUUGUAUAUAACACGGCGUCAUGGAGCAUACUAGAGUUUAGCCUGAAUAGUCAUUCACUCGAUUCACUGGUGGCAGCCAUCUCCGGUGAAUGCAGCAUGAAUUGCGUCAUAUCCAGAGGCGGGAG